AGAAGAGACAAUGGCACGCCAUUUCUGCUACUGUUUUCGAGUAUUUACUACUGUCUGGCACCCACCAGCCUCACCACCAUCAGCAUACUUCACCCCUCUCCGCAACGCGUGACAGCUGUGCUAGGAUCAGACCAAGUCGACCAGGUCUUACGGAAUCUUAAGCUUUGAGGGACCGAUUCUCGAGUCAUCAUACUAUACUAUUCCUCCGUCGCGUCUCUCACACUCGCAAUACCAUCCCUCCUCCUCCUUCCGGCCAGCGACCAUGGCGACCGUCAAUGGCGAUGUCAGCUUCGACACUAUCCCCGACGCCGUAGAAGCAUUCGCACGCGGGGAAUUCAUUCUAGUAAUGGACUCCACCGACCGCGAAAACGAAGGCGACCUGAUCAUCGCCGCCGAAGACUUCACUCCCGCCAAAGCCGCCUUCCUGAUCCGCUACUCGUCAGGCUACAUCUGCGCUCCCAUCCUCCCCGCCCUCGCCGCACGUCUCGAGCUCCCGCAGAUGGUCACGCAUAAUCUCGAUCCCAAUCGAACAGCCUACACAAUCACGAUAGAUGCUGCAGAGGGCGUGACGACAGGUAUCAGUGCGCAAGAUCGUAGCUUGACAUGUCGGAGGUUGGCAGAUGCUGCUGUACAGAAAGAUUGGUUUCGGAGACCGGGGCAUAUCGUACCUUUGCAGGCGCGUGAGGGUGGUGUCAGAGUUCGUGCGGGCCACACUGAAGCGGCGGUGGAUUUCUGUAGAUUGGCUGGGAAGGAGCCAGUUGGCGUGAUUGCGGAAAUGGUGGAGGACGGGGAGGAUGUGCUUGGGAAAGCGGAGAUGUCGGGCGGUUUCGGCAUGAUGCGAAGAGAUGGAUGUUUGGCAUUUGCGAGACGUCACGGACUGAAAGUUGUCACGAUUGAGGAUCUGAUCAAGUAUUUGGAGAGUGGAGAUGCGACCAAGGCAAAGCAAUGAUGUGUAAAGACAAAAAAGUAUGUGGAUAGUG